UGAGAGCAGGCUCUGAACUCCCCGUGUGUGAAGGGAGGACAGACACACACACACUCACACACACACACACACACACACGCUCCUCGAGCUCCGGAGCAGAGAUGUUGAGGGCCGCUCUCGCCUGCGCUCUGCUGCUGUCGGUCGCCGCCGGGGAUUUGGGAGGCUCUCCGUCCGGCUUCUACCCGCGCUUCAAUCCCUUCUUCUUCCUCUGCACCCACCACGGAGAGCUGGAGGGCCCCGGGGCCGAGGGAGGAGGAGAGGUGCUGCUCACCUUCCAGAUCCACGGGAGCCCCAGCGCUUACGUCCCGGGACAGGAGUACCAGGUGACCAUCUCCACCAGUACUUACUUCGAUGGGCUGCUGGUCACCGGUCUCUACACCUCCACUUCUGUCCAGUCGUCUCCCAUCCCUGCAUCUCCAGCCUUUGGCUUCGGGGUGAUGUCCGACAGGCAGUUCGGGACUCAGUUCGUGUGCAGCGUGGUGGCGUCUCACGUCAGUCACCUGCCCUCCACCAGCCUCAGCUUCAUCUGGAUCGCUCCUCCACCCGGCACCGGCUGCGUCAACUUCAUGGCCACAGCGACGCACCGAGGACAGAUCAUCUUCAAGGACGCUCUGGCGCAGCAGCUCUGUGAGCAGGGAGCUCCCACUGAAUCUCCUCUUCGGCCCAGUCUAGCCGUGGUUCAUGGUGAUCAUGCUGUUCUCCGGGAUGACUUUGAACACAACACUCAAGAGGAGCUCAAUCUCAAUAUCUGGUCAGACUGUAGUAACUGUGAGGUUGGAGAGCAGUGCGGUGCGCUGAUGCACGGAAAAGCAGUGACGUUUUGUGAGCCCUUUGGACAGAGAGAACUGACUACAGUGGCUCUGAACACGAGCACAGCAUCAAUCCUGCAGUUUGCCUUUGGGUCUGGUUCUUGUCGGUUCAGUUACUCAGACCCCAGUAUCAUCAUCUCCUGCGGUCUAAACUCCUCUGAUGACUGGAUCACCUUGGAAAAGAUCAGGGCUCCCACCAACAGCAGCACGGUGGUCCACCUCCUGCCAUUGCCUUCAGGCUGUAAAGGAGAGGCCAUUCAUCUGCGCUGGAGUCAGGAGCCACCUGUGGGGCCCGAUGGGUAUGAGUCCUGCUGGGGCCUCGAUAACAUACUGGUGCUAAACACCGCCAACCGGCCCCCGCUGCUGGAGGACAGCCUGGACCCUCUAAACACCGCCAACUGGCUCUUCUUCCCUGGAGCCACAGUAAAGCACGCUUGUCAGUCAGAGGGAAAUUCCUUGUACUUUCAUGGCGGAGAGGGGUUCGAGCACAGCUUCGCUUCUACUCGAGACGUGGACCUGCACCGUGAAGAAGGACGCAGCUACUGGGAGGAAGACUUUGAGAGUCCUCUGAGCGGAUGGGAGGUUGAUGGAGCAGUGAACGGAGUUCAGUGUGGAGAGGUGGAGUCUGGAUCUGCACUUGUCUUUCUUAAAGAUGGAAAGAGGAAGGUGUGCACACCUUACCUCAACACCACUGCCUACGGAAACCUGCGAUUCCAUUUCACCAUGGGGGGUGGAGACUGUGAUCCUGGAGAAUCCAACAAGAAUAAUGUGGUCCUAUUUGGUCGUUCAGAGGGCAGGAAAGAUCAUGUGCUUCUGGACAUACUUCCAUACUCAGCCUACAGGACUCCUACAGUCGUCUCGGUUGGUUUGCCCACAGAACUUCAGACUCCAGCCACUCAGUUUUGUCUCGAGCAGAAGUCUCAUGCUGGAGCUAACCGUCACGUUUGGGCUGUGGACUUCCUGCAGCUGCUGCCGGUUCUGCCUGGAGCAAACACUCACCUGGUGCAGUUCUCAAUCAACCUCGGGUGUGGAGCCUACCAGCCAGCCAACAGCGUCAAACUGGAGUUUUCAACCAAUCACGGUCGCUCCUGGUCUCUUCUGCACACUGAGUGUCUUCCUGAACUGUGUGCCGGAUCACAUCUGCCUCACAGCAGCAUCUACUCCUCAGAGAACUACAGCGGCUGGACGAGGAUUACGAUUCCUCUGCCCAACGCCGCACUCACAGACAGCACUCGCUUCCGCUGGAGACAGACCGCUGUGGGAAGCAGCAACAUGUGGGCGAUUGACAACGUGUAUAUCGGGCCGUCCUGUUUGCGCUUCUGCUCCGGUAGAGGACAUUGUUCACGGACGGGCUGCAAGUGUGACCCUGGUUUCAGCGGUCCGGCGUGUGAGCUGGCGUCGCAGACCUUCCCUGCGUUUCUGUCCGAGAGUUUCUCCAGUGUGAGGCUGUCGUCCUAUCACAGCUUCUCCUCACUGAGGGGGGCAGAGGUCAGCUUCGCCUGUGGGGUUUUGGCCAGUGGAAAAGCCCUGGUCUUCAACAGGGACAGUAGAAGACACAUUGUUACGACCCCCCUGGACAGUUCACAGGCCAGGUAUCUUCAGUUCACGCUGAGGCUGGGCAGUCGCAGCACGUCCAGCUCCUGUCCCGCUCCUGACCAGCCCGGUGAAGGAGUGCUGCUGCAUUACUCCUCAGAUAACGGCAUCACCUGGACGCUGCUGCAGCAUUAUGCUUAUCAGGGCUUCCAUGAGCCCAGGAUCGUUUCUGUGGAGCUUCCUCCGGGGGCCCGUAAAUUCGGCGUCCAGUUCCGCUGGUGGCAGCCGUACCACUCGGGCCGCGGGCAGGACGUCUGGGCUCUGGAUGAGAUCAGUAUGACCUCGGUCCUCUUCAACAUCAUUAGCUUGGACUUCAGUAACGUGCUAGACGUGACUCAGAGCCUGGGCUUCUAUCUAGGGAACGUGCAGCCAUACUGCCAACAUGACUGGACCCUCAGUUUUUCAGGCGAUCACGGCUCGGCCUCCAGUAUCCGCUACGUAGAAACACAAUCCAUGCAGAUCGGAGCGUCCUACAUGAUCCAGUUCUCUCUGGUCAUGGGCUGCGGACGCGAACCUUCUCCUCACAUCGACACUCAGGUCCGGCUGGAGUUCUCCACCAAUCACGGCUUGACUUGGCAUCUCGUCAAGGAGGCCUGUCUCCCCGGCAUGCCCAGCUGCUCUGAGUUCACUGCGUCCAGCGUCUAUCAUCCGUCUGAGUUCACAGACUGGAGACGCAUUACACUUCCACUGCCGUACAAAACCUGGUCGAGUGCGACGCGCUUCCGAUGGAUCCAGAAUUACUAUCAGGAGCAGGACGAGUGGGCUCUGGAUGACAUCUACAUUGGGCAGCAGUGUCCUCAGAUGUGCCGUGGACAUGGAUGGUGUGACCACGGUCACUGCAGGUGUGAUGAAGGCUUCACGGGCUCAGACUGCCAGCCGCUCAACACUCUGGCCUCCAGCGUGCUCUCAGACUUCGAGUCUCAGGAGACCCUGAUGUCAGCGUGGCAGGAGGUGACCGGAGGCGAGAUCGUGCCGCCCGACCAGGGCUGCGGGGUGGUUUCCUCCGGGUCCUCUCUGUACUUCAGUAAGGCUGGGCUGCGGCAGCUGGUCAGCUGGGACCUGGACACAGAGUGGGCGGAGUUUGUACAGUUCUACCUGCGUAUGGGCGGAGACGGGGCGGAGUGUAACCAGGCCGACAGCAGAGAGGAGGGGCUUCUGCUGCAGUACAGUAACGACGGCGGGAUCAGCUGGGGUCUGAUCGCAGAGAUGUACUUCACGGACUUCACCAAACCACGGUUUGUUCAUUAUGAACUCCCUCUGGCUUCUAAAACGCCCUGCACUCGUUUCCGCUGGUGGCAGCCGCUGCACUCGGGCGAGGGCUACGAUCAGUGGGCCAUCGAUGACGUGAUCAUCCUGUCUGAGCGAGAGAAGCACAUCAUCCCUAUGGCUGAUCCCACGCUUCCUCAGAACUUCUACGAGAAACCGGCUUUCGAUCAUCCUCUCAACCAGAUGAGCGUGUGGCUGAUGCUGGGAAACGAAGGAAUGGACAAGGAUCGUAAUGGGAGUUUCUGCGCUCCCACUCCCUCCGCCAUAGUGUUUGGCCGGUCAGACGGGGACCGGAUGGCAGUGACCCGAGACCUGGCGCUCCGUCCCGGAUACACACUACAGUUCAAGCUGAACAUCGGCUGCGAGUCGGUCUUCAGCGCAUCGGCACCGGUUCUGCUCCAGUAUUCUCAUGACGCGGGCCGCACAUGGGCCCUGGUGCAGGAGGGCUGUUUCCCAGCAUCCCCUGGGGCCACCAGCUGUGAGGGCAGCGGGCGAGAACUCAGAGAGCCCACUGUGUACCACACGGGAGACUACGAGCGCUGGACCAGAGUCACGGUCGUACUUCCACGGAUCGUGGCCGCCAGCAAGACGCGCUUCCGCUGGUUCCAGGAGAGCAGUGUGUAUCGAGACGCCCCUGCGUUUGCGCUGGAUGGAGUCUAUAUCUCUGAGCCCUGUCCCAAUCACUGUGGCGGUCACGGAGACUGCAUCUCAGGCGUCUGCUUCUGUGAUAUGGGAUACACAGUGGAGGUGGACCGGUCCAGCUGUGUCCCGUCUGCUCCGAGUCCCACUGAACUGGUGGAGGAUUUCGAGGGCAAGCUUAGCCCGCUGUGGCAGAGUCUGAGCGGAGGACAGAUUGGAGACGGCUGUGGGAGCAUCAGCGAAGGCAAAGCGCUGUACUUCAGCAGCCUGGGCAGACGAGAGGCUCGCACCACGCCACUGGACACCACCAACACCCGUUUGGUUCAAUUCUACAUUCGUAUCGGAGGGAAAAACAUGGGCUCCACCUGCACUCGGCCCCGCUCCCGAAACGAAGGUGUGAUUGUCCAGUUUUCCAUAAACAAUGGCGUUGAGUGGCAGCUCUUGCGAGAGCUGGACUUCAGCUCGUUCCUGGAGCCCCAGGUGGUGACCAUCGAGCUCCCGUCCGCAGCCAAGACGCCUCACACCGUGUUCCGCUGGUGGCAGCCGCAGCAGGGUAAACACUCAGCCCAGUGGGGUCUGGAUAACGUUCUGAUCGGGAUGAACGACAGCGCUAGAAAUGGCUUCUUCGACACGUUUGAUGGCACGUCUCCACUGAGACACAACUGGUAUCGAGUCGUAGGUGGAGAAGUGACCGCAGACUGUCUGAGCCCCAACUCAGUGUUGAACUUCAACUCUGAGGUCAUGGACAAGAGGCCACGUUAUGCUGAGAGCUGGGACUUCGAGGUGUCUGGAUCUUCAUUCCUGCAGUUCGAUCUGAGCAUGGGCUGCAGUAAGGCUGCAUCUUCGGCCCACGGCAUCCAUCUUGAGUUCUCCACAGACUGCGGGAGACACUGGACGCUCGUCACACCCGAGUGUGUGCCUCCGGCCAUCGGCUGCUCCGGAUACACACAGCGGUCCGUGUUCAGCGCUCCUCAGUUCCUGCAGUGGAGGAGAGUCACCGUCUACCUGCCCAGCGCUGCCAUUUCACCCAGAACACGUUUCCGCUGGAUCCAGCCUCACUUUGCUCCGGGAGCUGAUGGCUGGGCUCUGGACAAUGUGCUGCUGACCCCCGGCUGCCCGUGGAUGUGUUCUGGUCAUGGACUGUGUGACAGUGGACACUGUGUCUGUGAUAAGGGCUUCGGUGGCCCUCACUGUGUCCCUCUGGUUGCUUUGCCGUCCGUUCUGAAGGAAGAUUUCAAUGAAAACCUGAUGGCUGAUGUCUGGCCAGAGGUGUAUGGGGCAGAAAGAGGCACGCUGAGCGGAGAGCCUCUGAAAUCAGGAACAGCCCUCAUCUUUAAAGGAGAAGGGCUACGUAUGCUGGUCUCUGCAGAUCUAGACUGCACAAACACCAUGUACAUACAGUUUUCAUUCAAGUUCAUAACAAAGGGUGUACCUGAGCGCUCUCAUUCGGUGCUGUUGCAGUAUUCUGUGAAUGGAGGGAUCAGCUGGCUGCUUAUAGAUGAGUUUUAUUUCCCCACUUCCACAGACACACUGUUUGUUCACAUGUCUUUGCCUCCCAGCGCACAGACGAACGCUACACGCUUCAGAUUGUGGCAGCCAUACAACAGUGGGAAGAAGGAAGAGGUGUGGGUGAUUGAUGACCUGAUCAUAGAUGGCAACACCAUCAAUAGCUUGCCGGUUAUAUUAGACAGUUUUGAGGGAGGUCCUCAGGAAGGGAACUGGCUGUUUUAUCCCGGAGGAAACACUGGAUUCUACUGCCCCUAUCAGAGGGCAGGACUCGAAGAGGACUCAGCCAUGGUGUUCAUGUCCAGUGAGCUGGGUGAGCACUCCAUCACCACCAGAGAUAUUGAUGUCAACGAGAACACUGUCAUCCAGUUCGAGAUUAAUGUGGGCUGCACAACGGAAAGCUCUUCCUUGAAUCCUGUGCGUCUGGAGUUUUCUCGGGAUUUCGGAGCCACGUGGCAUCUGCUGGUUCCUCUGUGUGCCGGAGGGCCCAGACUCAGCUCUCUCUGCUCAACUGAGCUUCACCCGGCCAGCAUCUACUAUCCUGGCACCACGCAGGGCUGGAGAAGAGAAAUUAUCCAGUUCGGCAAGCUGCGGUUGUGCGGCUCAGUGAGGUUCCGCUGGUAUCAGGGGUUUUAUUCAGGCGGCACAGCUCCAGCCACAUGGGCCCUGGACAGCGUUUACAUUGGCCCUCAGUGCCAGAACAUGUGUAAGGGCCACGGUGUGUGUGUGACUGGCACUCAUUGCAGCUGCGAUCCGGGCUACUCUGGUCCUGACUGCUCCAUCCCGGAUGUGCCGAACCCAGAUUUCCUGAAGGAGGAUUUCGAAGGUGGAGUUUUGGAGUCUGAACAUUUCAAGCUGAUGAGUGGAGGAAAGCCUUCCAGAAAGUGUGGCAUCACCACCAGCGGCAAUCACCUGUUCUUCAGCGAGGACGGUCUGCGAAUGCUGGAGACAUUAGAUCUGGACCUGUCUAACGCUAGGUUUAUCCAGUUCUUCCUGAGGCUGGGCUGUGGUAAAGCAGCUCCUGACCCGCGCUCCCAGCCGGUGCUCCUGCAGUUCUCUGUGGAUGGAGGGUUAAACUGGGCUCUUCUGCAGGAGUUCCUCUACAGCAAUAGCAGUAACCAAGCUCACCUAGUGGCUUUGGAGAUUCCUCUUCGAGCACGAUCCUCAGCCACACGCCUGCGCUGGUGGCAGCCGUCUGAGAACGGACACUUCCACAGCCCCUGGGUUAUUGAUAAAUUGGUUGUGGGCGGCAGUGCAAGCGGUUGGGGGCCACUGGAGGACGACUUCUCCUCCACAAAUGGACGCUCUUGGCUGCUGCACCCCGGUGGCACACGGAUGCCAGUUUGCGGCUCUGAUGGUGAAGCUUUUGCCUUCAUCGAGAAGUCAAACACACGCUACGGUAUCACCACCGACAUCAGUCUGGGUCCAGAUGCCUUCAUUCAGUUUGAUUUCUCUGCCUCCUGCUCCGUCACCUCCUCCUGCUACACGGUAGAGCUGGAGUACUCUUUGGAUCUGGGUCUCACAUGGCUGCCGCUGGUCAGGGAUUGUUUACCCACAAGUCCAGAUUGUUCUUCGUACACACUGCAGAGAUUACUGGUGUCAGAUACUUACAACAAAUGGGGCAGAGUUACUUUACCCAUACCACACUAUGCCAGGUCCACAGCCACACGCUUCCGCUGGUUCCAGCCGGCGCCAUUCGAUAAGCAGCAGACGUGGGCUCUGGAUAACCUGUACAUCGGUGACGGCUGUCCUGAGAUGUGCUCCGGUCGCGGCCGCUGCAGACAGAGCUCCUGUGUAUGUGAACCUGAGUGGGGCGGAGAGUACUGCGAUGAGCCUCUGCUCUCUCUGCCCGCUCAGCUCAAGGACAGUUUCAGUCGAGCUCCGGCACUCAAUCACUGGCACCUGCUGACCGGCGGAAAGAUCAGCAGCGUCUGUGGAGCCGUGGCCUCGGGAUCAGCACUGCACUUCAGUGGGAGCUGCUCUCGUCAGCUGGUGACGGUGGAUUUGAAUCUGACCAGUGCUGAAUUCAUCCAGUUCUACUUCAUGUAUGGCUGUAUGAUCGCACCCAGCAAUCGAAAUCAGGGCGUUCUGCUGGAGUUCAGUGUGAACGCUGGGAUCAGCUGGAAUCUGCUGACCGAGAUCUUCUAUGACCAGUACAGCAAGCCGGAGUUUGUGAAUGUCCUGCUGCCCCCUGCUGCACGGGCGGUGGGUGUUCGGAUCCGCUGGUGGCAGCCACAGCAUGACGGGGCCGAUCGGAGCGACUGGGCUCUGGAUAAUGUGCUGAUCUCUGGCUCAGAUGCUCAUGCUCAGAUCUCUGACACAUUUGGAGGAGUAGCGCUGCCCAGUCAUGAGAGAGCACCAGCCGACAGCACACACACACGACACAGCAGCUCAUCCACCAUCCACGAAGAGACCAUUGUGAGCGAUCACUGGCUGUUUUCUGAAGAUUGCUCCGUGAAACGUUUCUGCAGCUCUCCAGAUGGCGUCAUGGUGUGUGGAAACACGGAUGGACAGGAAGUUUAUGCCGUCACACAUGACAUAGUUCCUGCCAAAGGCUGGGUCAUGCAGUUCAAGAUUGCAGUUGGCUGCAGUGCGCCGGAGAAGCCUGCAGAGAGACAGGUUCACGUUCAGUACUCCGUGAACUUCGGUGUGACCUGGAAAUACCUGGUACCUCAGUGUUUACCUGCAGACCCUCGCUGUGCCGGGCAGGUGUCGCAGCCGUCCGUGUUCUUCCCGGCCGACGGCUGGAAGCGAGCGGUUUAUCCUCUACCAGACAGUCUCGCAGACACAACGGUGCGCUUCCGCUUCUAUCAGAGACAUUCAGAUACACAGUGGGCUGUGGAGAACUUCUACAUCGGACCUGCUUGUGAAAACCACUGCGGAGGUCAUGGAGACUGUCUGGACCAGCACUGCCUCUGUGACCCGGGUUUCACUGGACCCAACUGCUACGCCAGCACCACUCUGAAGCAGGCGUCACUGAAGGAGCGCUUUGACUGGGACGGGGCCCGCGGGCCACAGUGGCAGGUUCUGGAAGGUGGAUAUCCCUGCACCGACUGCAGGGUGCUGGUGGAGGGAACCGCUCUGUACUUCAAUGGUGCAGAGGCCAGACAGGCGGUGACCAGUGAUCUGGACCUGCGCGGGGCGAAAUUUGUGGAGUACUGGGCUAAAAUCGGCAGCGAGGAGAACAUUACUCUCUGUCAUCGUCCAACCUGUCGGAAAGAGGGUGUGUUAUUGGAUUAUUCUAUUGAUGGAGGUGUGUCUUGGACAUUGCUCCAUGAGAUGGACUAUCUGAAGUACAUAUCAGUGAGGAGAGAUUACAUCGUGCUGCCGGAGAAAGCGCUGACCAAUGCCACUCGUCUGCGAUGGUGGCAGCCGUUCUCGCUGCUGUCGGGGCUGGUCCGCUCGAGUGCAGAGCGCGCUCAGUGGGCUUUAGACAACAUCCUCGUGGGAGGCUCUGACAUCAACCCCAGCACCCUGCUGGACACCUUUGAUGACGAGGGUGUUUCUCAUGAAGAGAGUUGGAGCUUCUAUCCCAAUGCUGUCCGUACGGCUGGCUUCUGCGGAAACCCAUCGUUCCACUUGUAUUGGCCCAACAAGAACCAAGAUGGGUCGCACAAUAUCCUGGCGACCCGAGAACUCAUCGUUCAGCCUGGAUACAUCUUACAGUUCAAGAUUGUGGUGGGCUGUGAGGCAGACCGCUGUGAUGAUCAUCAUUCAGUGCUUUUACAGUACAGGAAGGAUGCCAGGUCAGAUGUGUGGCAGUUAGUCCAGUCCGCUUGUCUUCCUUCUUCUGUCAACAAUGUGGGCUGCUCACCUUUCCAGUUCCACGAGUCCACUAUCUACAGUCCUGUCAACAGUUCAGUGUGGACCAGAGUCACCAUUCAGCUGCCUGACCACGUGUCAUCUGGUGCGACACAGUUCCGCUGGAUCCAGCAUGAGGCCCCUGGCGAGCGUUACAGCUGGGCUGUGGAUCACGUGUACAUCGGGGAAGCUUGUCCUGGACUGUGCAGUGGUCAUGGCUACUGUACCAGCGGACCCGUCUGCAUCUGUGACGAAGGCCAUCAUGGUGAUGACUGCUCGUUGUCCAGCAGCGAGCUGCCCAGCUCCAUAAAGGAUAACUUUGAGUCUGGUUCGGUGUCUCAGGAGAGCUGGAGCUUGAUUCAGGGUGGCGGCGUGGGCAGCGGAUGCGGUCAGCUCUCUCCUCACGCUCACGGGGACUCGCUGUACUUCAACGGCUGUAAGAUCAGACAAGCCAUCACUAGACCUCUGGAUCUGACCCGUGCUAGUAAGAUCAUGUUCGUGCUGCAGAUAGGCAGCGUGUCGCAAACGGACAGCUGUAACGCUGCACUGGAUCAGACAAACACAGUCGACCGGGCUGUGCUUCUCCAGUACAGCGUCAAUAAUGGAGUUAGCUGGCACGUCAUUGCUCAACACCAGCCAAAAGACUUCAUCAAAGCCCAGAGAGUGUCUUACAACAUUCCACUUGAGGCUCGUGUUCGAGGGGUGCAGUUGCGGUGGUGGCAGCCACGGCACGAGGGCGCUGGGCACGAUCAGUGGGCGCUGGACCAUGUCGAGGUCAUUCUUGUCAGACGCCCCCUCCUGUCCUGGCUGCGUUCCUGGCUCAUUGGUCCCAACCUGACGGACAGAAGAGGCAAUGACAGGCUAAGCAAUAGCGACUCUCACAAUUUUUUCCACAUUUUUUGACUCUGUCUGUCUGUCCUCCUCACAACCUCUCACUGUUAUUACGUUUGGUCUCUUGAUCUUUUUCCAUCUGUCAGUCUUUCCUCAAGCUCCAACCUCAAGCACUACUCACUCAAAACCGGAUUUUUGUCUUUGUCACUUACCAAACAAUUACGAUGCACCAGCUUCAAAAGACCAUAAAAUGAAGCGAUGACAGUGUUUGAGGUUACGAGUGAACGAUCCGUUUGAUUCUGUAGUUUGUGAAUUCUUAAAGACGCCUAGCUACGAAUUAGAACAGCGAUUGCGCACGAGCACUGCUGAACCUCGGUCUGCUUUCCUCUUCACAGCACCCGUAAGCAGAACUACAUGAUGAACUACUCCAGACAGACCGGCCUACACCACUACUACAACAGGAAGAGGCGGGCAUUGCGGCAACGAACCUAAACGCGUGGAGAGAAAACGUUGCCGCUCACACAUUAUUCUGCUGGCUACAAUCCGCUUUCCCUGAUGAGAAAACACCAUGUCAGGUCACUUCUGUCAGCAUCUGGCCAUACUCUCUCAUCCGAACGAUACAUUGGACCAUCUAGUCCCAUUUCUAGCCAAUCAUUGCCUUCCCAGAGCAGUGUGAUGGGAAAGACAAGCACCUAAAUGUGGCGAUUUUUAUAUACUUAUCUAUGAACUAUUGGGUUUCCUAAUUCUGUUUGUUAUAACCUUGUUUGAAUUCUCCUGAUGUGAACGACUACAAAGCUCUCCUGCUCUCACCUCACUUUCUACCACACUGUGAAGUUAUUCUGACGGUUACGAUGAUGCCGACGAGGAGAACCGAAGACGACUCGUGCUGAAGCAGUUUCUUGGAUGAAGAUAAUGACGAUGUGUUUUGCUGUUGUGUGUCUGUGGGUUCGUUUUGUGAUGCGUUGAUUGUGCUGUUCAAUCGUUUGUUAGUAUUAUACUAACUUGUAUCUUUUGGGCUUGGAUCAUUUUUCCUUUGCGAAACAAGGCACGUGGAGAAGUCAGCCUUGGAGAGGGAAAAAAGAGAGUCGAGCAGAGAAUGAAAAGAAAGAAUACAUUUAAAAAGAGAGACUAACGAUGUUUGGUUGUUGUUGAUAAAUCACUUUUUUAUAUAUCUUGGUUCCUUAAGAAUAUUUAUGGUAAAUGGUUCUCCACUAAACCUAUUUAAAAUACACUGUGGGUGAAAUCUGUGUUGUUGUUUUUUUCUGUUUGUUUGUUUUUGCUUUCAGUUUGUUUGGUUAGGUUUAAGUUAUUAGGUCAGGUUCUUGGUUGCGAUCGAUCGACGCCCUUUCCUUCUCAUUCAGAGUCAUCCAGUUGUGCUGUUAGACAUCUCCUCAUCCCCCUCUUUCUUUGAUGACCUGUCAGUGUUGUUUAUGAUGUUACCUUCUCCCCUUCUUGGUGUAGCUCUCCAAUAUAGCAAGUUCUUGUGUAUAUAUAUUGUAUAUAAAUAUAUAUAUACAGGGAUCCAUCCGCCUUAUAAAAGGGAAAUAAAGAACUGUCAAAACCUCCA